UGAAAGGUGUGCCAGUCCUGUUCCUUGUACACCUUCACACCAUCUCAGCCUUCGCACUUUGCUUCUUAUUUCCCAAUGUCGCAGGAGAGUAUUUACUCCCAAGGAAGGUAUCGCGGUGGAGCCAGUAGCAGAUCAGAGACGAAUAGAAGUAGAAGUAGCACCAUCAGCACCAUCAGCAAACAUGAAAACUACAACACAUCCCUAAUUUCUUCCCCCUCACAAGACCAUGACUCCACACAUCCUAAAGCUGAAUUGCCUUCAGCUGAAUCAACUUCGCUCCUUGGUUCUGUAUGGAACUUAGUUCGGGAUGCAAAAGAACUGGCUGCAAGAGAAGUGGACAAGCUGCUAGAGUCGUUUCCUUACAGGAGCAUCUCUAAAGCCAGUACCGCUUCCCAGUCAGGGAUUCAUGAUAAAAUCAAAACACGGGAGUCUUCAUUAGCUGUUAAAAAACCUCGGGUUGGCUCAAGCUCUGAACCACCAAAAUCGCUUUUAGGACGAGGACCCCCUGUCAAGGUACGAGGACAGCACUCAUCUCACAUCAAAAAAAACCAUGCUCUCUCAAGGAAACUACUCAGUUCAGAUGUCAAAGAUCAUGUUAACGAUGUCUCGCCAUCAGUCCAUUUACGCACACCAUUGCCCAUGUCAAAGCGCGUAUCUGGGAUCAGUAGUAGCAUUGAGCCAAUCAAACGAAUGCGCCAUUCUUCUGAAUUUGAAUUCGAGCUAGAGUCGAGCCCAGAACGAUCACCACCCAUGCAAUAUAGAAGAACGCCUUCUUUAAAGCGAGACCUAUCAGAGUCUUCCCUGUCUUCUAUCCAGGCUGGGCAAGGCACAAUCCAUGAUUCUGACUGGACAUCUUCGGAAGAAAGGCGACGGCAAGAACAUAUAGAUCAUAGUGAGUACACCGCAAAGAAACACGAUCGAGAUACGGAGUCUAGUCCUAGACCAAAUUCUAGUCCAACGCCAUCCAUAACAUCUAUGGCUAGAUCACUGUCCAUUGUUAGCCAUUCUCAUGCGCACACAGACUUGCCUCAUCGGCCACAUAGUCGGCAACGGCUUCACGCACCACACAGACGACGGCCUCACUAUGUCCAUCAUCAGCGUCACAACUCAAACACUUCGCCUGUGAGGAAUUCACUUUUAGGAGGUCCACUAGAAGCAACUAGUAGCCAUGAUGACUUUAUAGAGCCAGUACCAGCACCAGUAGCAAUAUACCCAUCCUCACCAUCUAUUAGUCGCGAAGGAUCUGCCAUAGAGGGCAAAAUUGAUUCGAUGCCAAUGCUUUCAUCUACAUCCACAACUGUAGGCUCUAUGAAUAACCCAUUCGUUGUGACUAAAGGGCUAUCACCAUUACCACCAUCACUCCUUGCUGACACCACGCCUGAGAGAACUAGCGGGUCGCCUAAAAUAUCGUCCACUCCCGAUAAUGACAAGCUUCAAGAGUUACAACAUGAGCUAGCUUUAAUCAAAGAACAGGUAUAUGGCGGCUGAACUCUUUCUGAUAUUGCAAACUAUCAGAAGACGUCAUGGUACUAACGUUUAUGACGUCUACAAUUGAAUGGUUUCCUAGCUGGCAUCAUUAGUAUCCGCUCGGAAUGGUGAAAUAGGACGGACG